AUGGAAGGAUUUUGCAGAGGCUGCCUUAUAAAAUACAAUGAUCCAAUGGAGCUACUACAGUAUACAGAGAAAUAUAGACGACUGUUUGUGUACUCCACUGGGUUACAGGUGAAAAGAAAUGACACAUUCACAUUCCAACUAUGUAAGGAUUGUUUCCUGAAUAUGAAGCAAGCUUGCAAGUUUAAAAAACAAUGUAGAACUUCAGACAAGCAAUUUAAGAACUACAAAGUGCUAAAAGAUGUAGGAGACCCCAUAGAUUUCUGUACAUUCCUUAAAAACUGUGAUGAUGCUUUGACAUUCCGGCUGCCAUUAACAAGUGGGAAUAGUACUCCAGCUACACAAAAAAGAGACGAUGACAAUGAGUCAACAUGCACAAGUAUACGAAACUUCAUGACGGACAUCCUACAAGGAGAAGAGAUGCCCGACACGGAGGCUCGGAUUAUCAGAGAGGUCAUUGAAGAAGAGGCUGAUGUGCUGGAAGACUCACUGGAUUCCCACUGGCUCCAGGAUGAUGUGUCUAUUGAUACGGACUUCAGAUUGGAUUUUAGUUUCAGUCCAUUUUCAACACCUCGGUCUGUAAAUAACGAUCAUUGCUACACACCUAAAAAGUAUGUUGAGCAAAAAGAACAAAUCAGCUUUGAAACUGUAAAUACGGAGAAGCAAACUAAAAUACUCAACGACUUUACAAAAGCUUUCCAAAAUGACCAAAAUAUUAAAGAUCCUGACAGUUUUGAAAACAAAGUUAUGGAGAAACCAGAAAGUUUUAAUAGUCUAAAAGAGUUUUAUCCUUUUGCGACUAAGGAACCCAUAGUUAAUGUUGAUCCUGUACAAUCAGCAAAUGAACAAUUUAAAAGCAGUAAAGCCAUUAAAGAUAUCACCAGUUUUGGAACUAAAGAAAUGUCCACUAAAGAGAUCGAACUAAAAAGAACGUUUGCAAGCAAACAUCUGAAAGAACUAUGCGAUUUUAGCUUAGAUAGUAUAGAAAAGCCGGACAGCAAUAAAAACGAUAGUUUAAAAGAAUUAUGUGACAUGACUUUAAAUGAAUUUGGUCAAGUAAAAUUAGAAAAUGAUGCAAAGAAUGACGAGAAACUGAUAAGUGAUUUUAGUAUAGAUGAAAUUGAUGGUCUUGAUAAAUCAGUGAGCAAUUUGGAUCUACCAUCAUUAGAUUACUCAGAUAAAGAUAGAACGAGUAGCAUGAAUUUUUAUACAGAAAAUUUGGGCUCAUUGAAAUCAAGUAACGAAAUGAGUAAUAGCAGUAUUAACAUUGAAGCCUUAUUGAAGGACAAACCAUGUACGAUAGACAGGAACUUAGAAGAAGCGCUAAAGAAUCCGGACAAUAAAGAAUUUUCUCUGGAUGAGCUACUUGUUUCUCCACCAGUAUUCCAAAAAACAUCAGCAGCAUCAACACCAACAAUUAAUAAUAUACUUUUUAAUGUGAAACUCGAACUACCUGAAGCUGAUGUGAACACCAAUAAGACAGUAGGACAAUGUAUAGAACCAUACGACAAUGUCCAAGGUGAUAUCGAAAUAUUUGAAGAAUUCUUCCGAAAUGACACUAAGGAAUUUGACAUUGAUGAUAUUAAAAGAGCUAAUGUAGAUGCUAAAGAACAACGGAAAAGAGACUCACAGUUGAUUAGUAUUAAAGUCGAAAAUGAAGAUUCAAAUGAUAUGGACUUUGUUGAAACUACAACACAUAAAGAUAAUAAACAAAUUGAGAAUAAUGAAGAAAUAAUUCAACUAACUGUUGAAGAAAGUGAAGAGGAUAAUAAAUCAAUAAAUAUAGACCCAAAGUUAAUUCGUAUUAAAUUCGAGAAUGAAGAUACUACCGACAUGGACUUUGAAAUGGGAAUAAGUAAAGAAAAUAAACCAAUAGAGAAUGAGAAAACGAUAAAUGAUAAAGAAAAAAUUCCACAAGCUCUUGAAGAUGGUGCAGAAAAGGAGAAAUCGCACUGUGAAUCGUGCAACAAACAAUUUAAAAAUGCCAAAGCUCUAAGUAUUCAUAUGACCAAAAUACAUGGGCAAGCGAAAAAGAAAGCAUCAAUGAAUAAAAAUCCCGUCCUAUGUAGUGAAUGUGGAUUGGAGAUGCACGACAAGUCAAAUUUUAAAAGACAUUUGAGAGUUUGUUCGAAACCUAAGGUCGAAUUUAAUUGUGCAAUUUGCGGAGAAUCGUUUUCUUCACGAAGUAAACUGAAGAAGCAUAGGAGUGUCCAUUCUAUAAAUACAACUAGGAAAUCUCAAAAACAAUAUAUUUGUUCAGUUUGCAAUGUGAUGAUGCAUAAACGCAACAACUUUAUUCUGCAUAUAAGAAGGCACGAAAAGAUGUAUUCCACAAAAUGCAAAGAGUGUGGCAGAGGUUUCUACAGACAUUCAGAUUUGAAGGUUCACAUGAGACAACACACAGGUGAAACACCAUUUAAGUGUAUUUACUGUGAUUAUACAUUUACCCGGCAAGAUGUGUUGAGCAGGCACAUGAAAAUUCAUUUGGGUGUUAUGAAAUACGAAUGCGACACGUGUGGUCAGAAAUUCAAAAGGAAGUAUGAUGUAUACCUACAUAUUUUAAAGGAGAAAAAAUGCACACUGAAACGAAACGGAAAAAUUAAAAAAAUAGUAGAGAAGAAAUUGGUAAAAGAAGCAGCCAAAGAAGUGGUAAAAUCAGAUAAUAAAAUUACUGUAUUAUAUGCUGUAGGAGCUAACGAAACUAUAAAAAAGGAGCUACCAUUUUUGGAAACUGAAUUGAGUAAUUAA